AUGCCGCCUAAAAAACAAAAGAUACAUCUACAAAAAGCACAUCAAAAAAUAGGAUAUGUUGCGCAACAAGAUUGUGAGACCACCGAUAAUACAGAUAAUCAAUCGGAAGAAUCUGAUGGAAUGGAUGAGUGUUGGAUUGAUGAAACUUUAGAAUAG